CUGCCGGCCUCCAUCUGCGCUGACGUCAUCGCUGCCGCAGCGCACGGGGCUGCGUCCUCCCAUCCUGCCUCCCAUCCCAGCAGCAGUCCAGCCCUCAUCCGACACUUCGCAGCAGGGAUCACGGUGACCAACAUGGGCAACGUCCAGCCCACCUUAGUCCCAUUUGAGGAGUUUGACGUCACAGCCGAUAUAAAAGCUCUCCGAAAAGCAUGCAAAGGCUUAGGCACGGAUGAAGAGACCAUUAUCCAAAUCCUGGCCAAUCGCUGCGCGGCUCAGCGUGUGGAAAUCAAACAGGCCUACUUUGAAAAGUAUGACGACGAGCUGGAGGAGGUGAUUAAAAAGGAGCUGACCGGUAGCUUUGAGAAAGCCAUCGUCGCCAUGCUGGACGCUCCUCCGGUCUUCUUCGCCAAGGAGCUGAGGAAGGCCAUGAAAGGGGCGGGCACCGACGAGGCCGUGCUCAUCGAGAUCCUGUGCACCGCCACCAACGAGGAGAUCCUGAGAUACAAGGAGGCAUACGUCCAGGUGCACGAGCGGGACCUGGACGCGGAUAUCGAGGACGACACCAGCGGAGACGUGAGGAACCUGUUGAUGUCCCUGCUCCAGGCGAGCCGGGACGAGGGCUACGAGGUGGAUGAAGGUUUAGCCGAACAAGACGCCGCGUCUUUGUUUGAGGCAGGAGAGGGCAGGUUUGGCACGGACGAGUCAACCUUCACCUACAUCCUGACACACAGGAACUACAUGCAGCUCCAGGCCACCUUUAAAGCCUACGAGUCGCUUUCAGGAACCGACAUUUUGGACACCAUAGACUCUGAGGCCACCGGAACUCUGAAGGACUGCUACAUUACUCUGGUGAGGUGCGCAAAGAACCCCCAGCUGUAUUUCGCCCGCCGCCUCAACGCUGCCAUGAAGGGAUUGGGCACGGACGAGGACACACUGAUCCGGAUUAUCGUGGGACGCUCCGAGGUUGACUUGGAGACGGUGAAGGACAUGUAUCUGGAGAAGUACGACACCACCCUCAAAGACGCUCUGGACUCGGAGUGCGGCGGAGACUUUAAGCGGCUUCUCAUCGAGAUCCUGCACUGAGUCGUUCCAUACUUUUCUCUCACCGGCCUUUUUUCCCCCCGUGAACCCGUCGUUCCUCUGUGCUAUCUAAUCCUUUCCCCGUCUGUCUUUUAUCAGCUCACUCAUUCACACUUGCCUUUUCUCACUCUCAGAGACAGUCAGAUCUCUUUGCAGCACAGACCAAAAACAACAAAAAAAACAACCGAUUCUUUAUACAGUUCUGUGGUAAACUCACAGUUUUUUAACCUGUUCUUUUUUUGCCAAAAAACUUCGUCUCGUCUUAACUUUCCGUCUCACAGUGGAGGCGCGUUGAGUGUUCGGUGUAAUUGUAACAAUCUUAUGGCAGCCUGACAGAACUACUGUGCACAUCAUAGCAUCCUGCUCACAUUUAAUCCAAAGAUAUCUGUCAUGUCACUAUUAGUUACCAUUCAUAUACAUUCGAGUUAUCCAAAUAAUAAAGCAUGCAAGAUUUUUCUCCCAUUCAUUAUCCAAUAACUCACCAUUUGCCUCAGACGCAUCUUAUAUUUAUUAAAAGCGAUGCAAUUUUACUUUCUGCUGCAACACGCAAGUGCCGAAUUAUCACUGAAAUCCCCUAUAUAUUAAUAUGCUAAAAAUAACCGUAUUCUAACAUUCUUCUCAGUUUUUAGGAUUUCUCUUUCUGUGGCCAGAAGCCUUAAAGCUUACAAUAGGUUUUUUGUUGUUUUUUUUCCUCCAACCACAGCUCACAAGCUGCCUUGCCUUUGCAUUUUUUAACACAGUUUGGUCAUGUCCUGUCUUUGCUUGGUGACUGUAUUAUUUAUAUCGAGGACCUUUGUUGUAAUUCCUGAAGUCCAAUCCAUGAAAAAAGUCAGUCUAUGUAAUCACAUAUGUAACAGUCCUGACUACUUUUAUCCUAAACUAAAAUAAUUAGAAAUUAUUAUAGCACACCAUUAUAGUGUCAGAUGAAAACUUUGAUUGUUAACAUGUUUUAAGGUCAGUUAAAAUUUGUUAUCUUUACAAAAUACAUUAAAAUGUCAAUAAACGUUAACUAAUACAGAUGCAUGAGUUUUUUCCCCUCUAGAGGGCAGUCUUGCACCAUUUGUGCUGUUUUAUUUUAAGGGGAAAGAAAUUGAUUUUCAUUGAGCCUUCUACAGUUAGAUAUGUAGCACAGAAUAUUUUUUAUCCUCCAUAUGGUUUUCCAAAAUGUAUAAUGGGCUUUUUUGACAAAUUUUUUACAACUACUUCCUCAAAUCUUACAUUAAGGCAUUUCCUGAAAUUGUCAGCAUUCGAAAUGAUUUGGAUUGUGGCCCCAAUGCAAAAGCUUCAUUGCAUUUAGGUUUAUUCCUCCAACAGGUUAGAAGUGGAUACUGGGAAAGAGAAGUUGAAAACAAAGAGUGAAGAGCUUCCAGAUGUUCUGACGCGUGAGCAGUCCAUUUCUCACCUUCUUUUGCCUGGCAUGGGCUUUUUUCCCCGGAAGGUCUCAUGGCUUGUUUGGCUGAUUUUUGUUUGCCUCAGGCUGCACCUGCCCCCCUGCACACUUUUGCUACCUGUGUGUUUAUAGUUUGUGUUCACAGACCACCUCCUGUGGCCUAUCCAAACUCCAUCUUGGUGCACAUGUGAGCACGAGGGCUCCUGAAAUAUUUCCAGAUCAAAAUAAAACGAAGACAUUUCAUGACACAAGUGGUGGGGAGCGGGCCCGAAAUCAGCACUAAAAAUACCUCGGACUGAAAUAGAGUCCCUGCACAAACACAUGCGCUGCCCCUCGAAUUGUUUCGAACCCGGUCGAAACAUGCACAUGCUCUUUUUUUCCCCCCCUUACAUCUGUACGCCAUUACCCACAGAGCUCGUGUUUUGGCCCUCUGCUCGCACCAGACGGAGCUCCUCUGUCUAUAGGGCUGGGCUAUGACCUUUUUCCCUUUAAGUAUUUCUCCCCCCCUCCUACUACCAUAAUUCAUCCAGCCGGUUUGCCCGUUACCCAGCAGGUGGGUUCUGUCUUUCUUUGACCUCCCGUCUCAGCGCAGUACUUCCAUCGACCCCUCGUUUCAUUCGUGGGAUUAAAAUAAAGGCUGAAUGAGAGAGUGCUAAUGACCGGGAGGCGUUUGAACCCACGUUUUAAUGUGACCCGCCCCAAAGAGAUUGGGAUUAUCAACUAAUCGGCUACACACACCAACCAGGAAGUUCAGACUUCAAAGAAUAGAAUAAUGAAAGGGGGGGGGGUCCUGCUGGUUUUCAUAUACCAUGCCCCCGGAUCAUGAGUUUGCUUUUUGAUCUAGGGCCAAAGAAGUUCAGUUCUCUGAGAGGGACUGGAGCAAAGAAGUCAUUAGCAAGUUAGCUCCCCUGUAAUAUAAUUUCAGCUGUUGAAUUAAUGACAUUUUUUUUCUUUGUCUUUUUUUGGAAGAGCAGUAGAGAACUUCUAGAGUGGGUAACAUGUUCAAUUUAGCCUCCACACACCUCUGAGAGACUUAUAAAAGAAGAGGCCCUUCUAUAAAAGGUGCACAUUUACAUGAUAAGUCCACUGUUCUGAAAAUGAUGAAGCUAAAAUAAAAGCAUUACUGAAAGUUGGGGAAUAUUACAUUACAUUUGGUUUCAUUUGAUCAGAUUUUGUUAAAGGCCCGACACUGUAGAUCUCGAUAAGCUUUACAAUAGCUGGCGAUGAGUGAUUUUACCAUCAUUACUGAUAUUACUAUAAGAAAGCAUUUUUUAUUAGAAGCUCUAACAAGUUGACAAUAAUAAAACGUGCCAAUAAAGGGACGUGCUAAAAGGAAAAUAGAUGACCGUCAAUAGAUGAUGUGCUCUCUUCUAGAGCACAUUUGGAAAGUCAAAGAACAAUUCUCAUGGGCAAGUGAAGCUAAAUGCUACUUUUAAACUUAACUCAAAUAUAGAAUGUGCAUAGCGGUUUGAGCUGUACUGUGUAUUUUUAUAACACACGUUAUUGUGUUUGACAGUUCUUCACUUUGCAAUCUGUUUUUUUUUUAUAAUGCCAUUGCCGUUACUGUUGACAUUUAAUUCAACCCAUCAUAAAUUUGAUUUAGAUUUUUCUCCAGGUAAAAAUCCCUCUGCACAAGUCAAUAAAAAAGUCUUGCAAAUGUCUGUUUAAAAGUAAAACAAUACAAUUGAGUUAAUUCCAUCCUCCACAAAGCUAAUCCUUAACACAUUGCACCGCAGCAACAAAUGUGAAAAAACAAACUUUUUUUU